AAAGCAGGGCGCGCGCCUCCGCUGAGUGACAUACCAAUCUCGGUGGUUCUACGGUACGAUACAGGCUUUGAGCUGUGCCAGCGUGAGGUGUACAGGUGUUUUCCAAAAUGGCUGAUGAAGAAAUUGCUGCCCUUGUGGUAGACAACGGCUCUGGCAUGUGCAAGGCUGGCUUUGCUGGAGAUGAUGCCCCUCGGGCUGUAUUCCCUUCCAUCGUGGGUCGCCCCAGGCAUCAGGGAGUCAUGGUUGGCAUGGGGCAGAAGGAUAGCUAUGUAGGGGAUGAGGCCCAGAGUAAAAGGGGCAUCCUUACCCUGAAGUAUCCAAUUGAGCAUGGUAUUGUCACCAACUGGGAUGACAUGGAGAAAAUCUGGCACCAUACUUUCUACAACGAGCUCAGAGUAGCUCCAGAGGAGCACCCUGUUCUGCUUACUGAAGCUCCUCUGAACCCGAAGGCCAAUAGAGAGAAGAUGACACAGAUCAUGUUUGAGACCUUCAACACUCCAGCAAUGUAUGUAGCCAUCCAGGCAGUGCUUUCUCUCUAUGCUUCUGGUCGUACUACUGGUAUUGUAAUGGAUUCUGGGGAUGGGGUCACCCACACUGUCCCUAUUUAUGAAGGUUAUGCUCUCCCUCAUGCCAUCCUGCGUCUGGACCUGGCAGGACGGGACCUCACUGACUACCUUAUGAAGAUUUUGACUGAAAGAGGCUACAGCUUUACCACAACAGCUGAGAGGGAGAUUGUAAGGGAUGUCAAAGAGAAGCUGUGUUAUGUUGCCCUGGACUUUGAGCAAGAGAUGGCCACUGCAGCUUCUUCUUCCUCCUUGGAGAAGAGCUAUGAGCUACCUGAUGGUCAAGUCAUUACCAUUGGCAAUGAGAGGUUCCGAUGCCCUGAGUCUAUCUUCCAGCCUUCUUUCCUGGGAAUGGAGUCCUGUGGGAUUCAUGAGACUACCUACAAUUCAAUUAUGAAAUGUGAUGUUGAUAUCCGAAAGGAUCUCUAUGCCAAUACAGUGUUAUCCGGUGGUACCACUAUGUAUCCUGGCAUUGCUGACAGAAUGCAGAAGGAGAUCACAGCCUUGGCUCCAAGCACCAUGAAAAUCAAAAUCAUUGCCCCUCCGGAGCGUAAAUACUCUGUCUGGAUCGGGGGUUCCAUUUUGGCCUCUCUCUCUACCUUCCAACAGAUGUGGAUCAGUAAGCAGGAAUAUGAUGAGUCUGGUCCUUCCAUUGUCCACCGGAAAUGCUUUUAAAGAAUUAUUAGUUGCUUGAGCCUUGUUACUUGCAGGUAUAAAUGUGCCAGGGCAUAUGUUUACAUAGACCCCAAAUGGACCAAACUUUUGUGAAAAUGACCAUAAAAAAAGCUUGUUCCGUUGACUAUUUAUUUUGUCCUUCCUGUGAUGUUUUCUUUUUUAAGUACAUUUAGUAGUAUAUCAACACAAGUGGAUUCUUUAUACUACAGGUUUAACUGUCUUACUGAGAAGUUGUUAAUAGUUAUGUGCUCGUAAUAUCUCUCAUAGCAAGCUGAAGUUUAAAGAACUUAAAUUUGACUGUACUUGUUGUUGCUCUAAAUUACAACUGUAGUUAAUAUUGUUUUGUUAAUGCAAAAUAAAAAUU